AUGUUAUUAUUUGCUUCAUUCGUACAAGGUCAACUUGUUAAUACUACAUGUGGCAUACCAUUUUGUGUUAAUUGCCCAGAAUAUUAUAAUGAUAAAUAUGAAUGUUCCUUAUGUUUGCCACAAUAUAUUCUUAUUGAAGCUGAAUGUAUUUGUUUGUUUUUGUUCAAUCUUUAA